AUGAAGUUUUUCGUUGUUGCAAGCGCUGCCCUCCUUUCCGGUGCCUACGCCGAGUCUGCAUCUACCACCAUCACUUGUGCGGGAUGUCCUUCGGCCGUUACAACCCCUGAUAUGGUAACACGAUCCGCUCUCCCUUCUGUAUCUUGCACCGAGAAGCCCCUGAAGAUCAUCACCAAUACCAAGGGUUCUUCUGGUGUUGCAGCCCCUACUGGAUCCGACUCUGGAUCUGGACCUGUUUCUACACCUACUCAGGUUCCUGUGUCUGGUGCCAGCGCCAACAAGAUGGGAGGCGCUGGUAUGGCUGUUGCAGCUGCUGUUGCGGCAGUCUAUCUCCUUUAA